ACCUACAUUCCCCCAGCAUCUCGAAACAUAUUGGCAAAUGGAGCAAACCUAUGGAGAGGUGAACCAGUUAGGCGGCGUGUUCGUCAAUGGACGACCCCUGCCCAACGCCAUACGGCUGAGAAUCGUGGAGCUGGCCCAGCUCGGGAUCCGGCCCUGCGACAUCAGCAGGCAGCUCCGAGUCUCGCACGGCUGCGUGAGCAAGAUUUUGGCGAGAUACAACGAGACGGGCUCCAUCUUGCCCGGUGCCAUCGGCGGGAGCAAGCCGCGGGUCACGACGCCUAACGUGGUGAAGAAUAUCAGGGAAUACAAACAAAACGACCCCGGGAUCUUUGCGUGGGAGAUCCGGGACAGGCUUUUGGCGGACGGAGUUUGUGACAAGUACAAUGUCCCGUCGGUGAGUUCGAUCAGCAGGAUUUUACGCAACAAGAUUGGGAAUCUCUCACAGCCCAACCAGUACGAGGGCGGCAAGCAGGCGUCCGCGCAGGCCGGCCUCUCCUACAACCACAUAUACCCUUAUUCCUACCCCAACACCAUGUCGCCAAAGAUGAGCGGCCCCGCUGGAGUACCGGUGACGGCCGGGCAUAUGAGCUUAUCCAGGGCUUGGCCUUCUGCGCACACCGUCAGCAACAUCCUCGGCAUACGAGCCUUCAUGGAUUCCACAGCCAUGGCUGGGGCGGAGGGAUAUCCACCAAAAAUGGAGGAGUGGAACAGAGCAGCUUUCCCUGCGGCUCACACGGUCAACGGGAUCGACAAAUCCGCCAUCGACGCCGACAUAAAAUACGCUCAGCCUUCCUCCGCCUUAUCCGGUUAUGUCUCGGCGUGUGCCUACUCUCCCACCAACCAGUACGGGGUGUACAGCGGGUCGACGGGCGGCUAUGUGGCCGCCGGACACCACCACUGGCAGCAGCAGAGCCAGGCCCUGUCCCACCCGGGCGGCGGGAUGGGCAUGCACGCUGGGGAGAUCCACUCAUCCAUGGCCUUCAAGCACCACCAUGCCCGAGAAGGAGACAGAAAGCAGUCCAGUCCGCUGAGCAAGCAGCAGCAGCAGCAGCAACAACAACAACAGCAGCAGCAGCAGCAGCAGCAGCAGCAGCAACAUGGAGACAUGAACAGUGUGCACGGACUCAGUCUCCCUACCUCAUCAUCAUAA